AUGGGUUCGGAUGAUCGUCAUGUAGUUGAAGAUUGCUUUGGCCAUCUCAUUCUUUACAGCGAUGGCUCCAUUUCACGCACUAAAGAAAUUGAAUUCAAAACUCCUCUACUCGACCAUGAACAAAUCAUUCACAAAGACUUCCUCUUCAGUGAACAACACAAUCUCCAUCUUCGUCUAUACAAACCCAAAUCAAAUCCUUCAUCGACAAAAAAACUCCCGAUUCUUUACCAUCUCCAUGGCGGCGGCUUUUGCUUCGGCUCUCUCACGUAUCCCCACCACCAGAAUAUCUGCGUCCGCCUCGCCAACGGGCUUCAAGCCCUCGUCAUCGAGCCGGACCACCGUCUGGCUCCGGAGGAUAGGCUUACGGCGGCGUUGGACGAUGCGACUUCUGCUUUGAAAUGGCUUCAAGAUAAAGCCAUGCAUGAUGGUGAUGAUGGAAAUAUGGGGACGUGGUUAGAUGGGGUUGACUUCGAUAGGGUUUUUGUAUUGGGUUACUCGUCUAGUGGCAACCUGGCGCACCAUUUGGCGGUGAGGUUCGGCGGUGGUGGCGCGGCUGAGCUCGCGCCGGUUAGGGUUCGAGGUUAUGUGUUGUUAUCUCCAUUUUUCGGUGGAUUAAAGAGGACGAGGUGCGAGGAAGAGAGGCCUUUUGAAGGAUUUUGGAACUUGGAGAUGUAUGAUAGGUUUUGGAGGUUAUCGGUUCCAAUUGGAGCUACUCAAGACCAUCCCAUGGUGAACCCAUUUGGCCCUUCUAGCCCUAGCCUUGCAGAGGUGGCCCUUGAUCCAAUCCUGGUCAUUGUUGGUGCAGACGAGAUUUUGAGAGAUAGAGUGAAGGAUUACUCGACAAAACUCGAAGAGCUUGGAACGAAUAUAGAGUAUUUAGAGCUUGAAGGAGAGCAACAUGGUUACUUCACCGAUCAUCCAACUUCAGCCACGGCUGAUAGAGUGAUAGAAACCGUCAAAUUCUUAUGUCCGACAAGUGACAAGCACGAUCCAAUUAGACACUACAACACUGUAUAA